AUGGCUAAUUCAACACCUAAUCAGAAACAGCAGCCUUCGGCGAUGUCGUACACGGUGGAGCAACUCAUCGCCGUCAACCCUUACAACCCCGACAUCCUUCCAGAUCUCGAAAACUAUGUGAAUGAACAAGUCUCUUCUCAAACGUAUAGUUUGAGUGCAAAUCUCUGCCUUCUUCGUCUCUACCAGUUCGAGCCAGACAGAAUGAGUACUCAAAUUGUUGCCCGCAUUUUGAUCAAGGCUUUAAUGGCAAUGCCAGCACCAGAUUUCAGCCUCUGUCUCUUUUUAAUUCCUGAAAGAGUGCAAAUGGAAGAACAGUUUAAGACACUCAUUGUUCUCUCACACUACUUGGAGACAGCCAGGUUCUCCCAGUUUUGGGACGAAGCAGCUAAGAGUCGCCACAUAUUAGAUGCUGUACCAGGGUUUGAACAAGCAGUUCAGGCAUAUGCAAUUCAUGUACUAUCACUGACUUACCAGAGGGUUCCGAGAUCUGUUCUUGCCGAGGCCAUCAACGUCGAAGGUAUGUCUCUUGACAAAUUCAUCGAGCACCAAGUAUCCAACUCGGGCUGGGCUAUAGAGAAGAGUCAGGAUAAGGGCCAAUUCAUUAUUCUCCCAAGCAAUGAAUUCAACCAUCCAGAGCUCAAGAAAAGUACCGCCGACAGUGUUCCAUUGGAGCAUAUCGCCCGUAUCUUCCCCAUUCUUGGCUGA